AUGAGUGCUGCAGAUACUGGUGGAGAUGAACAUUUUCAGACUGGUAAAGGUAAGAGAAGAACUAAGAGGACUUUCGAAAGCCAUGAUGGCAAUAAUGAGAAGCCGCUAGACGAUAACGAUGAGCUACAAGAGAAUGGGAAACCUUUGGUUCAACCGCUAGAUGGUAUUACAGAGGAUGUUGAUGAGAUGAAGCAACUUCGAUUACUGGCUAGACAGAGGUAUUUGAGUCACAGAGAAAGGGAAAAAUUGGUUAUACUUGCCAAAGAGUUGGAAUACUUAGAACAAGAUAUUGAGAAAUACGGUUGGGAGAACUUGACCCAAAGCGAAAGGGAUGAUAUUACUUUGAAAAGAGAUUUGGUUUCAUUGAUUGAACACCGAGAGGAUGCUGGAGUUCAAAAGUUCAAUUUACAAGAAGACUAUGUGAACAAUGAAGGUAAGUUGGAUGUUGAGAGAAAGAAGGCAUUAUUGAAUGAUAGAAGUGGAUAUCGCCAACAUGAGGAUGAAGGUAAAAGGAAACAUAUGUGGGAAGAGAAGCAGUUGCGCAAGGCCGUUAAGAAGGAUGAUGAUAUAGAUGAGAUUAAGCUUCCUGGUGCCGAUAAAUACGAAUUUGUAUUUGAUGAUAAUGCCAUGGUAGACUACGAGGAUGAAGAAGAAGUGUUGCCUGGGAAGGAUUCUGAGCAAGAUAAUCAUUUAUUAGAACAAUUGGAAAUUGAGCAGAAAAGGAUCACUUCUGUUCAGGAGACAAGGAAAUUCUUGCCGGUCUAUCGAUAUCGGAAAGAAUUAUUGGAAGCUAUCAAAGAGCAUCAGAUUCUAAUCAUAGUUGGUGAAACAGGUUCUGGUAAGACAACACAACUACCUCAGUACUUAGUAGAGGAUGGCUAUACGCAAGGUGGUAAAUUUCAAAUCGCAGUGACGCAGCCGCGGAGGGUAGCGGCUACCGCUGUAGCGGCAAGAGUUGCAGAUGAGAUGGACGUGGUCUUAGGGAAAGAAGUCGGUUAUUCCAUCCGGUUUGAGGAUAAGACCACGGCAGAUAAGACUAUUCUUAAGUACAUGACAGAUGGUAUGCUUCUUCGGGAGUUUUUAGUGGAUCCAGAACUUCAGAAAUAUUCUUGCAUUAUGAUAGAUGAAGCACAUGAGAGAACACUAGCGACGGACAUCUUGUUGGGUUUACUCAAGGAUAUUUUGUCGCAUCGUAAGGAUAUGAAGCUACUCAUUUCCUCUGCGACCAUGAAUGCCACUAAAUUCUCACGAUUCUUUAACAACUGUCCCAUCUUUAACGUUCCUGGUAGAAGAUUUCCAGUGGAUAUUCAUUAUACGGUACAACCUGAAGCCAAUUAUUUGCAUGCAGUUAUUAGUACAGUUUUCCAAAUUCAUACAAGGGAGCCAUUGCCAGGGGACAUCCUAGUAUUUUUGACUGGGCAAGAUGAAAUUGAGAACAUGGCUGAAAAGAUGGAAAUGAUAGCUGGAAAAUUAGGUGAGAAGGCUAUGCCCAUGAUAAUUACUCCUAUCUAUGCAAAUUUACCACAGGAUCAACAGAACAGGAUAUUUAUACCUACGCCGCCAAGUUGUAGGAAAGUUGUAUUGGCAACCAAUAUUGCUGAAACUUCUUUGACCGUGGAUGGUAUUAAAUAUGUGGUAGAUCCAGGGUACGUUAAGGAAAAUUCAUUCGUGCCCUCUACUGGUAUGACCCAGUUGUUAACGGUACCUUGUUCGAGAGCAUCUGUGGAUCAAAGAGCUGGUAGAGCAGGUCGUGUUGGACCAGGUAAAUGUUAUCGAAUAUUUACCAAAUGGUCAUACUACAAUGAACUAGAAUUAAUGCCUAAGCCUGAAGUCUUGAGGACUAAUUUAUCAUCCGUGGUUCUACUUUUACUAUCUCUGGGUAUUACGAAUUUAGUCGAUUUCCAAUUGUUGGAUAAACCAAGUGUGUCUUCGUUGUCCAAAUCUUUGGAGAAUUUGUACUUAUUAGGAGCCCUCAAUAGCAAAGGUACUAUCACAAAACUGGGUAGAAUUAUGUGUGAAUUUCCUUGCGAACCAGAAUUCGCUAAAGUGUUACAUACAGCCGCUACACAUGAGAUGUGCCAUGGGGUGCUUGAGGAGUGCAUAGAUAUUGUUGCCAUGCUCCAUGAAGCCAAAUCUUUGUUCGUAGGAUCUAAAAAUCCAAAUCCCGGCUCUCAUGUCGUUGGACAAGUCGAUAGUGACCACAUGCUCUACUGGGAGAUCUAUAAUGAAUGGAGAAAUUCCAACUAUUCGAAGAUGUGGUGUCAGGACCAUAAAUUACAGUACAAGACCCUUUGCAGGGUGCGAAACAUUAGAGAUCAAUUGUUCCAAUGUGCAGAUAAAUUGGGACUUGUUGCUCUCAACGAAUCGGCUCGCAGGGAAUUGGUAGAUAAGCAGGCCAAUUCUGCUCUCACUGCCAGGAUAACUAAAUGUUUCAUUGGUGGAUUCCCCAUGAACGUCGCACAACUUGGCACGAAUGCCUACCGUACGGUGGGCAAAAAGAGCACCAGCGGACUAGAUGUCUAUAUACACCCUUCGAGCGUUGUUAUCCAUUCUACAAGAGACGGCAAAAAGCCAUGCAAAUUUGUGCUGUACCAACAACUAAUGCUUACUUCUAAGGAGUUUAUAAGGGAUUGUCUACCAAUCCCUAGGGAGUCGUGGUUAGAAGAAAUGGUCCCGCAACUGUUUCAGAGUCGUUAA